AUGGGUUCAGCCUCCUCUGCUCUGCGUAUGAAGCCCAGCAACGGGGACGCGCAGCAGCAGCCGCGGCGGAGAAUAUCGAGGCGAAGGCGACGACGCCAGCAGCGACAGCAGCAACAGCAGCAGCAGCAGCAGCAACAGCAGCAGCAGCAGCAGCAACAGCAGCAACAGCAGCAGCCGCAGCAACCGCAACAACCGCAGCAACCGCAGCAACAGCAGCAGCCGCAGCAACGGCAGCAGCCGCAGCAACAGCAGCACCAGCAGCAGCCGCAGCAACCGCAGCAACAGCAGCAAUAUCAGCAACCUCAGCAACCUCAGCAACCGCAGCAACAGCAGCAAGCGCAGCGACAACAGCAACAGCAGCAGCUGCAGCGACAACAACGACAGCAGCAACAGCAGCAACCGCAGCAACAGCAGCAACAGCAGCAACAGCAACGACAGCAGCGACAGCAGCAACAGCAGCGACAGCGGCAACAGCAGCAGCUGCAGAGACAGCAGCGACAGCAGCAACAACAGCAACAGCAGGAGCUGCAGCGACUGCAGCGACAGCAGCAACAGCAGCAGCAACAGCAACAGCAGGAGCUGCAGCGACUGCAGCGACAGCAGCAACAGCAACAACGGCAGCAACAGCAGCAACAGCAGCGUCAGCAGCAACAGCAACAACGGCAGCGACAGCAGCAACAGCAACAACAGCAGCGACAGCAGCAACAGCAGCGACAGCAGCAACAGCAACAGCAACAGCAGCAGCAGCAGCAGCAGCAGCAAGUGCUGCCAGCUCCAGCAGCAGCAGCAGCAGCAGCAGCAGAUCCUCCUCCUCCUCCUCCUGCUCCUGCUACUGCUGCUGCUGGUGCUGGUGCUGCUGCUGAUGCUGCUGCUGCUGAUGCUGCAGCAGCAGCAGCAGCAGCAGCAGCAACACACGCACCGCGAGCACGGGCCACUGCUGGCGUUGUCCCCGCGCUGAUAUCUGAAGGCCUCUUAGCUGCUGAUGAACCCCUAGAGGAGCUGCAGCAGCACUUUCUGCUGCUAGACUUCGAUACAGAAAAAGCUGCAACGUCAGCUCGAGUUGCUCACCGUCUCCUCAACGUCUACGCCCGCAGCACCCGCAACAACAGCAGCAGCAGCAGCAGCCGCCGCAGCAGCAGCAGCAGCAGCAGCAGCAGCAGCAGCAGCAGCAGCAGCAGUGACCCCGAGAUAGUGGAAAUGUUAGCAGCUGGGGAGGUGGCUUGCUCUCGCCUGGGCUCUGCGCGGCGGCAGCAGCGGCGGCUGCAGCAGCUGCUGCAUGCAGACACAGAAACCCUCAGAGUUUUGCUGCGGUCUAGGAGAGACUGGGAGUCGCUUGGUGGCGACUGGGAUCCGAUAGAUAUCUUGCUGCAGACGAUGUAUGGCCUUUGCUGCCGUCUGCUGCAGCGCGCUGCUAUGCUGCACCUGCCGCAGCAGCUGGCAUUCAUUCCCGUCCUUCUUCAAGGACCCCUGCUGGAGGAGUCAGCGGAUUACGCUGAGCUGGCGAAGAUCUGUCACAUCGUCGCGGAUAUGCCCUACCACGCAAAAUGCAUACUUGCUAGAUGGUACAUCGAUGCCCCCGCGAGGCACAUGGCGCAGCACAUCACUCUGGUGCAGCAACUCAUCACAGUUCGCCUUGUUUCUUCUGGGCGCAUGGAUGCCUGGCACUACCACCAGGCCCCGCAGCACCCCACCGAGACGGCGCUGCGAGUAGCGCUGCUGCUGCUGCAUUUGUUUUAUACAGCAAACGUACACCGGCAGCAUAGAAGGCUCAGCAGGCGGCUAUCGCUGCAGCAGCUAGACACACAUCUAUCCGCAAGAUACUGUCCCUUCUCAGCAGCAGCAGAAGCAGCAGCAGAAGCAGCAGCAGCACAAGCAGCAGCAGCACAAGCAGCAGCAGUAGCAGCAGCAGAAGCAGCAGCAGAAGCAGCAGGAGAAGCAGCAGCACAAGCAGCAGCAGAGAUGUUGCUGGCAGAGGAUAGUAUGGAUGAAAUACUGGAACCUGAACAGCAGCUGCAACAGCAGCAACAACAGCAGCAGCAGCAGCACCACCACCACCACCACCAACAGCAGCAGCAGCAGCAGCAGCAGCAGCAGCAACAGCAGCAGCAGCAGCAGCAGCAGCAGGAGGAAUUUAGUGAGCAGCAGCAGCAACAGCAGCAGCAGCAACAGCAGCAGCAGCAGCAGCAGCAGCAGCAGCAGCAGGAGGAGGAAUUUAGUGAUCUAGAUGAUGUAGGGUUUGAGCUGUUUCACAACGAUGUUAUAAACUCAAACCACCAGCUGCUGCAGCACGAGUUUAUGUUGUGGCUGCGGCUGCGGAGAGGAGCAGCAGCAGCAGCUGUCAGCAGCUUGCUGCUGCAGCAGAUCACCGACGAUGGGGCAGCAGAUGAUCCUGAUGCUGCUGCUGCUCCUGCUGUAGCAGCAGCAAGAGAAGCUGGUGCUGCAGCUGCAGCAGCAACAGAAGCAAGAGCAGCAGCAGAAAUAGCAGCCAUAACAGCAACGCAGAGAACAUACAGCGGGGAUUACCCUCAACAAACACAAAUUGCAGAUGUUCUGCUGCCAGCAGCAGCAGCAGCAGCAGCAGCAGCAGUAGCAGCAACAGCAGCAGCAACAGCAGCAGCAGAUGAACCGAUGCCUGUGCACUAUAUUUUCUCAAACGACGACGCGCAGCUGGAAGCAGACCCAGAAAACCCAGCAGCAGCAGCAGCAACAGAAGCAGCAGCAGCAGCAGCAGCAAUGGGAGCAGCAGCAGCAACAGCAGCAGAAGAAGCAACAGCAGGAGAAAUAGAAACAGCCGAAGUAGCAGAGGCAAGAGCAGCAGCAGAAGCCGAAGCAGAAUCAGCAGCAGCAGCAGCAGCAGCAGCAGCAGCAGAACUAGCAGCAGCAAGAGUAGUAAUACUGGAGUCUGGUCCUUCUGCUGCAGCAACAAAUGAAUUUAUAUUAAGAGGUAUGGCUUUGAGUGCUGCUGCUGCUGAUGAAGCUAGGAGUGAUGUACAGGAUGCAGCAGCAGCAGCAGCAGCAGCAGCAGCAGCAGCAGCAGCAGAUAGAGCUGGGUUUCUACCAAUACCUUUUAGUCAGCAGCAGCAGCAGCAGCGCUGCAAUCAAAUCAAGAGGAACCAACGGCAGCAGAAGCAGCAGAAGCAGCAGCAGCAGCAGCAGCAGCUGCAGCAGCAGCAGCAGCAACUGCAGCAGCUAACAAAGAAUAUAACCACUUUCUUAUACCCCAUAUAA